AUGGGGGAAGAAAAUUACACACCAGAUGGUUGCAGUAGCAGCAGUGGCACAAAGAAUCUGGAUUUUAGAGAAAUUCAAAAAGAAAUAGGCGAAUUUAAAAUUAAGCAGAACGAAACCUUCAAUUUUUACCUAGACAGUAUUGACAAAUUGCUGGAAAAGGUUCAAAAGGCCAAGAAAAAUGUAGAAGAAAAAAUAAAUAAAAAAAAAGACACCAUUAAGAUCGAAAGAGACAGAAUGCGUGGAAAUGCAAAUGUGAAUGAUAGUAGUGCCCAGAUUAAUAUCAGCAGUGUAAGUACAAGUGAAGAAAAAAACAAGUACGAUAUUAAGGAGCUAAUAAAAGACGUCAAAGAACUGAAAAUUACAGAAAAGGUGAGUGAAGAAAAUAAAAAAUUUUACAACAUUCUUUUGUCAUCUUAUAGGGGUAUCAUAGCAUUGAUAAAGCAGGAAACUCCAGAAAUUUUCAACAAUGUGAAUAUAAAAAAAAGCGUUAUCCUUAGAUUAAUUCUGCUGCACUUUUUACAAAAGGGCGAUUUCUUUAUGUACUAUGUGUUAAAUAAAGAAAUUUUGAAAAAAAGAAAAAAAAAAAAAAUGGAAAAAUGUAACUCCAUGGUGAAUAGAUUGGACCAGAAUUCCGCCCCCAAUGAAAAGACACAAGUGUUCAAUGAAGGGAAGGUGGCCACCGGCGGGUUCUUGGGAGAAGGCAAGAAUAGGCCAUCCGAAUUCUUCCCUAUGAGUGCCGAUGCGAAAUGUGGGAAGGUACAGCGGGCUGUCCAACCCGGACAGUCAACCUCGGGAUGGAGGGAAGAAACGUUGUAUAAUGGAAACCCAUUUCCGGGUGUGCCCGUCCAGGGGGGGAAAUCCCAAAAUGGUCAUGGUGAUGUUUGCGAAAAUGGGGAUCAAUUUGACUCCCCAAAUGGGCCGCCUAACUGUCUACAGACCAGUGAGGUUCCUGGAGUUAGUUUCCCCAAGAAGGAGAAAAAAUAUUCCGAGGAACAGCACUACACAGUCCUCCUUAACAACAUAAAAAAUGCCAAGUCCGUGUACUCAAAGAGUGAUAUAUUUUCGGAGCUAAAAAAAGAAUAUAUAAGUAAAAUAUCCUUUGAAAAUGACACAGAAAAUAUCGAAUUUGAGCAUGCAUUAAUUGAGAAGGAAAUAUUUGAGGGAUACACAAAACUACACAGGAUUUUGUAUAACCUGAAGAGGUUCCAAGUUGACACGUGUAUCGGGUGGUACAAUAACUGUAGCGAAACGACGAGGAAGAAAUAUGUAAAGUUAAUUUAUUUACUACACUGUAUUAAUUAUUUAAGGUAUUCGAAGGAAGAUAAGGAGAAGGCACUUAGCUGCUUAAGGAACCUCAUGAUAAACUACAGUAAAAAUAGAUCGCACAUAUCGAGACUGAGCACGUUCAUUUGCAUCGGUGUGGAUAACAUUUUCUUUAAAAGUAUGUUUUCAAAUGUCCAUUCGAAGGUUUUCAAUUUUUUUAAGAGAGCUUUUAAUGAGGAGGGCAUUCUCAUCCCCUUGCCCAGGAAAGACAAGCAGGCAAGAGAAACCAGUCAAAAUCUUCGAAAUUGUGAAAAUGGUACAAAUCGACGGAGGGAUGACCUACAGCACGAUGGGACUGCACAUUGUCGUGACAAUAAGAAAGGAAUAAGUUUGGCUAGUCAUAUGUCGGAAAAACGGAAGAAAAAGAAAAAAAAAAAAUUAACCUCUCGACAGAGUAUUGAGGAUAACCAGGAUCAGCCGUCCGACGGUGAUCGCCGGGAUAACCGAAUUGUGACCACCGCUUUGUCAAAAAGAAAGGAAAAAAAACUAGCCAAAUUGGUACAAAAGAGAAAUGAAAAAAUGAAAAAAAUAAAAACAAAUGAGCACAUUUUGAAGAGAAAAAUAAAGAAAAAUAAACAAAAUGUGAUAGGCAAAAAAUCAAAGAAGAAAAAAAAAAAAAAAAAAAAAAAUAUACACCCUGCAAGUAUGACACAUCAGCAGGUAUAUGGUCUCAGCAACAAAAUCAGGAGCACUCAGGGCCCAUUAAUUCAUAACGAUAUAUAUAAAGAGAAGUACGUUCACUACGAUUCGGACGAUACGUAUGGCAACAUGGGGGAAGAAGAAGAUUACACUCUCCCGUUAAGCGAAACAUUUAUAGAAAAUAGAAUAGAUGAGUUUAUUAGAAAGGAAAAGAGAAUGAGGAACCCAUUCUUUUACGACCCAGCAGAUGAGCAUUAUGUAAAUGGAGAGAGAUUGAUUUUGCCCGAUGUUAGAUACGGCAGUCUUGGAAGGGUAAGACACAGUGGUUACCUUUGUGUUGGAGGAGUAAAAUCCGAGGAAGACAGCGAAGCGGAUGACAAACUGAACAAAGGAUGGUACAGCCACGUUUUCAAAUGCACCAAAGACGUUUUUGUCGAAGUAAAUGCAGGAAAAAAUGAAUCCAAUUUUUCAAGGAACGAAAAGGAAGAAGGACAAAUGCUGGGGGAAAAUUACAAUUACAUUCAUCGUAGAUGUAAGAAUAAAAAGAAGGAAAAAGAAGCUGUCUAUUUGUACGAACUAAGCGAAAGUGAAUUUUCGAACAUGUACCAAAAUGAUACCUCCUAUAUUACGUACAAAACGUUAAAAAAAGCAACACAGUUUUAUGACAAUAAUGACACAAAAAUUAUAGAAAGCACGAAUAAGAAUUUAAAUUGUGGCUAUAUAAACUUUCUAAAUGUCAGUAGCACUUAUUGUACGAGCAAUUCAUACUAUGAUAGGGGUUCCCGUUUUAGUUUCCUCCAUGGUAGAAAUAGUGAAUGUGUUAACUUUUGCAAACAACCAAGUGGUUACAAUUGCAAUGUUUCGGAGACCCAUACAUUUCGUGCGCUAACGAACUCGUGCUUUAUGAAAAAGCCAAACAAUUUGAAGAGGAAAUUUGCCAAGUGUAAAUAUUUAGCGCGUAAUGGUAGAGGUGAAAAGAUGAGCGAAAAAAAAAAAAAAAAAAUGGACACUAUAUUAUCCUCCAAUGAGUGUGCAGCCACCAUGCAUGUAGGGGAUGCCGCAAGUAGAGCACCGUUAUUAUCACAGGAGGAGGGGGAAAAAAAAAGCAUAAGUGAAGACAAAAUCGCGAAUGUUACUAACCUUGGCAUGUGUGACAAGCAGAAGAAAAACAAAAACAUACGGGGGAAUGAAAAGGAAGAAAAAGAUUACGACGAUCAUGACGAUGAUGAUGAGGUAGUAGCAGGAGACCUAAUCAACAGCAGUGGUGCUACCCCAUCAACAAAGGUUAAAAGCGUUGAUGAAGAUUUUGAGUCAUUUAAGGAGCAGGUGCGUGGAGACACAGAGCAUUGGGCUAGUAGCUCACAAAGUUAUAAAACGGCGAGCUCGGACAGAGCCAUGAUGGACUCAAGUGAAGACGAUUUUCACUUCUCCACCUCUGCCAGUUCUGAUGAAAGUGCAAAAAAAGACCUGAACAAAGUGAAAGAACAAGUGGAUUUGAUAAAGGAAGAUUUCAUCAAAAAAAACACUGCCCUUGCUUUGCUAAACACGAACAAUAUACAGGCAUACAAUAGGGCCAUAUUAGCUUCGAAAAAUACCAGAGCAAACAAAACUCCCACCGAUGUAAGCAGAAUUGUACUAACCCAUGCUUUAACGAAUAGAGAAAUGUAUACCCUGCAUAACUCUCUUUCGAACUAUAAAAACAAUGCGGAGUUUCGACGCAUCUGCCUCAAAUGGAAAGCCAAGAAGGAGAAGAGAAAGGAACGACUGAGGGCAAGAAACAAGAGCAGCCGCAGCAAUGACGUUAAGCAGAAGAGGAGAAAAAAAAAAAAAAAAAAAAAGAGUACAAAGGAUAGCAAAAUGGGUAUGCAAAAUAAGGAAAAGGAAAAAGAGAACACAGAAGGAGAAAAAACAAACACGCCACAUAAGGAAGUGGAACAGAAAAAAGAACAACAAAUGGUAGAACAAUCACAAGUGGGGCAGAAUGUCACAUCUGCGGAGGAAAAGCUUCAGAAAAACGUCGAAGAUGAAGAAAAAAUAAUUGCUCCAUAUAAAUCGAAUACCGAGAAUCCACCGUCUAUCGAGGCAAGAAAAGACACCGAAGUUUUACUCACCCAGUCGAAAGAAGGGACCCUCCCCGAAAAUGUUCAAGAACACGAAACCAAAAUGGAAGUAGGUGUAAUGGUUCUAUCUGAAAAAUUCGAAGAAAGAAAAGAAGGUAAUGGUGGCGAGGUACACACAGAACAGGAGCGUAACUGGGAAUCUUCCGAAAAGGUAGAAGACUCCCAUAGCGCCUUAAGGGAUGAGGGAGUCAUUCCGGAAGGCAGCACAAACGAGACUAGGAACAACCCAAGUGGUGCUGGUAACAAUGCGAACUAUGCUACUGAGCAGAGCGUGGAGGAAAUUCAUCACAAGUGUUUAGAGGCCAAGGACAGAAAAGAUGAAAAAGAAAAUAGAGAAAAGGGAGCAGAGCAGAACCAGGGGAUGACGGUAGUAGAAUCGAUAGAAUCAAUGGAAGCGGUGGAAGCAGCAGUCCAAAGGACACAUCCCCCAGUAGAAGAACAGUGCAAAGACGAAGCAGUCGAAAGGAACCGAAACGAGGAGAAAAUAGAGAAUUUGAGGAAGAAAAACGAGGUAGACGCAGAAAAAGAAUCAGACGAAAAGGAUUACCCGAAGGAUCUGAAGGACGGAGAAAAGAUGAAGCGCAAGGAAAACGCCGAGGCAAAAAUCAGGAAGGAAAAAAAGGGAGUUUUCUUGGGGUCCUACAAAAAGAAUUUUAAAAAGAGAAGGUAUGACCCCAAUUUCUUUUACGACGAGAAGAUGCAAGUCAAGAUGAAGAGAAAAAAAAACGAAAAAAGUGACAAAAAGAUCGCUAGGACUAAAAAAGAGGGUUACGAGUGCUUCAGGAGCGCCAAGUGUGUUGCAGGUAAAAAAGGACUCCGUCGAAGAGGCCAAGACAGCGACGGCGAAGGAAAGAAGAAAGGGGACUCGAACAAAAAGGACAAAAAAAAAAAUAAAGAGAAAAAGAAAAAAGAAGACAAUAAAGGAAAGCCGCAAGAUAGUAAGGACCCCGGAAAGGAGCAAAACAGUACAAGUUGUGAAGAUAUCCAAAUUGAGAGGGGAAGGAAAAAGAACUGCAAGGAGAAAAAGGUUUACAUCCACUUGGAGAGCCCCCUAUCUGUUCUUGUAUGCGGAGGACUGAUCUCCUCGAAGAAGCUUAUAGAAGCCCAGGCCAUCUUGAAGGAAAAUAACAGAAGACUACAGGAGGCCAAGAACGGCCCUUCCCUAACUUUUGCAAGCGAUAAAAACGGAGAUAAAUGCUUUGACAAAUUUGGGAAAGACAAAAAUAAAAAGAACAAAGACAACAACGCCCUCUUUUCAAACUCUCUGGCGGUAGAAGUUGAUUUGAGUGGAUGUUUUUUUUUCCACUCCUCCUUUACCUGUCCCAUUAGUAGGGACAAAUCUUCCAAGGAUAAUCCUCCCUACGUGCUCAGAUGUGGACAUGCCAUUUGCAAGAGCUGCGUGGACAAAAUUCACGCUCAGAGAUCCAGACAGUUCAAGUGCCCCAUGUGCCCCCAGUAUCUGCAUUUAAUAGAGAUAAUUCCGCUGUACUUUAACUAA